GGAUGGUUGUGCUAAGUUGGAGCUUGAAGUUGGUCUGAGACGGCGUCGGAUGGACAUUUAGCAGGAGUAAAUUGCAGUAACUUGGUUGUUUGAUGGUAAAACGGGCUUGAUAUUGUAGCCAGCAUGAAGUACUUCUUGCUGUGUGUGUUAGGUGUUCUGAUAUUUUCAGGCACAUGUUACGCUGAAAGUGAAGAUAGUGAAGGAACGACAGUUGAGGCUGACCUAGGCUCUAGUAGAGAAGCUUCAAGAACAGAUGAUGAGGUUGUGCAGAGGGAAGAAGAAGCAAUAAAGCUUGAUGGGCUAAAUGUAGCUCAGCUGAAGGAACUAAGGGAAAAAGCAGAAAAAUUUACUUUCCAAGCUGAGGUCAAUCGAAUGAUGAAAUUGAUAAUAAACUCACUGUAUCGUAACAAAGAGAUUUUCCUGAGAGAACUGAUUUCCAAUGCUUCUGAUGCACUGGAUAAAAUUAGGUUACUGUCAUUGACUGAUCCUAAUGCGCUGAGUGCAACGAGUGACCUAGACAUCAGAAUUAAGGCUGACAAGGAGAACCAUAUACUUCAUAUCACUGAUACAGGGAUUGGGAUGACAAAGAAUGAUCUUGUCAAUAAUCUUGGAACAAUUGCAAAAUCUGGAACUGCAGAUUUCCUCAGCAAAAUGCAGGAUGCUACUACCAGUGCCCAGGAUCUUAAUGACAUGAUUGGCCAGUUUGGUGUUGGGUUCUACUCUUCAUUCUUGGUUGCUGAUAGAGUUGUUGUGACAACCAAGCACAAUGACGACAAGCAGUACAUUUGGGAGUCUGAUGCUGGGAGCUUCAGUAUAGUUGAAGAUCCCCGUGGAGACACACUAAAGAGAGGAACUCAAGUCAGCCUUCAUUUGAAAGAGGAAGCCUUCGAUUUUGUGGAACAGGAUACAAUUAAAAACCUUGUGAAGAAAUAUUCUCAGUUCAUUAACUUCCCCAUCUAUCUUUGGACAAGCAAAACAAUCAAAGUUGAAGAACCAGUUGAACCAGAUGAGGUAGAAAAAGAAGAAAAGAAAGAAAAUGAAGUGGAAGAAGAUGAUGACGAUACUGAAGUAGAAGAAGAAAAGUCUGAAGAAAAACCAAAGACAAAGAAAGUUGAUAAAACUGUUUGGGACUGGGAAAUUUUAAAUGAUAACAAGCCUAUCUGGACUCGAAAGCCAGCUGAGGUACCUGAUGAUGAAUACAAUGAAUUUUACAAGUCUCUCACUAAGGAUACGAAGAAUCCAUUAACAAAAAUCCAUUUCAUAGCAGAAGGUGAAGUUACUUUCAAAUCGUUAUUGUUUGUACCCCAGACACAGCCCGGAGAAAGUUUCAAUAGAUACGGCACAAAGACUGACAAUAUCAAGCUGUAUGUGAGACGUGUUUUCAUCACCGAUGAGUUCAAUGAUAUGAUGCCAAAUUACUUGAACUUUGUUCAGGGUGUAGUAGACUCUGAUGAUUUGCCACUUAAUGUCUCCAGAGAAACACUUCAGCAGCAUAAACUUAUCAAAGUAAUCAAGAAGAAACUGGUUCGCAAGGCUUUGGAUAUGUUUAAGAAAAUUGAAAAGAAAGAUUAUGAGAAAUUCUGGAAAGAGUACUCCACAAAUAUUAAACUAGGUGUCAUAGAAGAUCCUUCCAACCGUACAAGGCUAGCAAAGCUGCUUAUGUUCCAUUCAUCCCAUGGACCUGAAAUGACCUCUUUGUCUGACUAUGUGAGCCGAAUGAAGGAGAAGCAAGAACAGAUUUUCUACAUUGCUGGAGCCAAUCGUAAAGAGGUUGAAGAUUCUCCAUUUGUUGAACGUUUAUUGAAGAAGGGGUAUGAGGUUCUGUAUUUGACAGAAGCUGUGGAUGAAUACUGUAUAUCUGCACUGCCUGAAUUUGAUGGGAAGAAGUUCCAAAAUGUGGCCAAAGAAGGUUUUUCUCUUUCUGGAGACUCAAAAUCCAAAGAGAAACUUGAAAAUAUAAAGAAGCAAUAUGAGCCUCUCCUAAAUUGGCUCAAUGAUAAAGUACUUAAAGAUCAGAUCUCGAAGGCUACUAUCUCGGAGAGAUUGUCUGGAUCACCUUGUGCUUUGGUUGCGGGUAUGUUUGGAUGGACUGGAAAUAUGGAACGCUUAGCUAUUUCUAAUGCUCAUCAAAAGUCUGAUGAUCCACAGAGAAGCUACUAUCUUAACCAGAAGAAAACUUUGGAAGUCAAUCCACGCCAUCCUUUGAUCAAGGAACUUCUGAGGAGAGUUGAAGAGGAUCCUAGUGACCCCACUGCCAAAGAUAUGGCUUUGAUGAUGUUCCGUACAGCAACCUUGAGAUCAGGAUACAUGUUGAGAGAUACAACUGAUUUUGCCGAGAGCAUUGAAGUCAUGAUGAGGAAGACACUUGGUGUUCCCGAGUCUGAAGAGAUCGAAGAGGAGGAUGAAGUAGAGGAAGGAGAUGAUGAACCAAAGAAGUCAGAUGACAGUGAACAAGAAGUUGAGGACAAGGAUGGUGAAAGUGAAGAUCAUGACGAGUUGUAAAUUUAUAGUGGAGGGGCGGUGAAGACUGUGUUGUGUGGGGAUGAAAUUUGACAUUUGUGUAAUAUUAUCUGUCUGGUAAAAUGCAAAUUGGGCAGAUGUGUUAAAGUAUUUGUCUUUCUAGGAAAAGACAGGUGUGUGUGUGUGUGUGUGUGUGUGUGUGUGUGUGUGUGUGUGUGUGAUUUUUAUGUUGUAGGUGCCAGUCCGUACAAGACUUAAUUAUUUAUACUUUAUUAUACAUUCUGUUUAAUAAAAUAUGUUAAUAGGAA